AUGCGGGGCAAGGACGAUGAGUACGACUACCUCUUCAAAGUUGUUCUCAUCGGGGACUCUGGGGUGGGGAAGAGCAACCUGCUCUCACGCUUCACCCGCAAUGAGUUCAACCUGGAGAGCAAGAGCACCAUCGGGGUGGAGUUUGCCACGAGGAGCAUCCAGGUGGACAACAAGACGGUGAAGGCUCAGAUCUGGGACACGGCCGGGCAGGAGCGGUACCGGGCCAUCACCUCAGCGUACUACCGGGGGGCGGUGGGAGCUCUGCUCGUCUACGACAUCGCCAAGUACCUGACGUACGAGAACGCCGAGCGCUGGCUGAAGGAGCUGCAGGACCACGCUGACGCCAACAUCGUCAUCAUGCUGGUGGGCAACAAGAGCGACCUGCGGCACCUGCGGGCCGUGCCCACCGACGAGGCCAAGAGCUUUGCAGAGAAGAACGGGCUGUCCUUCCUUGAGACGUCUGCUCUGGACUCCACCAACGUGGAGACAGCUUUCCACAACAUCCUCUCGG